AUGCUAAGUCUGAUACCAAAUAAAGAACAGAAGAUCAAAAUAUUUGAUCAGCCGGUGAUCAAAAUUGGCCGCAGCAGGUCAUGCGAUGUCGUGCUGGGGGAGCCAGAUAUCUCAACUGUACACUGCGAGCUGAACCUGGUGGAGGUGGACCUGGACGGCGACCAAAAGAAAUUAUAUAACAUCGUGGAUCGCAGCCGAAAUGGGACGUUUAUCAAUGGGAAUAGACUGAUGCGGAAGGACUACCUUCUAAGAAAUGGGGACCGAAUUGUGUUCGGCAAAAGUGCUUCGUUCCUGUUCAAAUACGUGCAUGUUGAAGCGUGCGAGCAGCCCACGGAUAGCCCAGCGCGCCCUGCAGAUGAAGAGAAGAACAGUGUAUUCAAGAAGCCACUUUUCAGUAGCCAGAAUACGACCAGAAAGCCUCUAAGAGGCAAGGAAAACAGAGGUGUUUCAUUUUUUGAUAGAUAUAUUCCUGGUAAGGAAUUGGGAUCUGGGCAUUACGCGAUCGUCAAAGAAGCGAUCAACAAGAUAACUGGCCAAUCGGUGGCUGUCAAGAUAUUUCAUCCGCAGAAGAAUGAUGAUGCAAAGAAAACCCGGCAGUUUCGCGAGGAGACAAAGAUAUUAAUGGGUCUAAAUCAUGAAAAUAUUGUGAAACUCCUUGAAAGAUUUGUAGAACCUUUGAGCAAAAGUCAGGUACAGACAUACCUCGUAUUGGAGAAAAUUCAAGAUGGUGAAUUGUUCGACAGAAUUGUACGAAAGACAAAGCUACAACAGGAUGAGACGCGUGCCUUAUUUAAGCAGAUACUUGCUGGGCUAAAGUACCUGCAUGAUAGGAACAUCAUCCACAGAGACAUUAAACCGGAGAAUAUAUUACUAAGCAUAAGGAGAAGAACUUCCCCAGAUCAAGUCCAGCUGGGCCCCUGGGAUGAAGAUGAGCUUGACAUAACUGUAAAAAUCGCGGAUUUCGGGUUGGCGAAGUUUACAGGGGAGAUGCAAUUUACAACUACUUUAUGUGGUACGCCUUCAUACGUAGCUGCGGAAGUUCUCACAAAAACUGGGUACACAUCCAAAGUCGACCUUUGGAGCGCAGGUGUAUUACUGUAUGUUUGUCUAUGUGGAUUUCCGCCAUUUAGUGACCAAUUAGCGCCGCCUUCUAUGAAAGAACAAAUACUACAGGGUAAAUUUGCUUUCUACUCGCCAUAUUGGGAUGAAAUUGACGAUUCAGUCCUACAUUUAAUUUCGAACCUUCUAGUGGUCGACCCAGCUAAAAGAUACUCAGUACGAGACGCCAUUGGCCAUGAGUGGUUAACCAAAACAGAUGAUAGUAAAACUUCAAAGGUUGAACGGCCUCGGCUAUCAGAAACAAAUGUGCCAAAAACUUAUUCAGAGUUAUCCAGUAUUCAACAAACAGCAAGUAAAUAA